AUGUCUGAUGAUCAGAGCAGGGAAAUCCUCACCUUUAUCCGGGAGAGGGACGAGGCCCGGGCCAAUUUGAAGAAGGUCGAGGACGAACUUCAGGAUUACCAGUCUAAAUUGUAUGACGCUAACAACAAGAUCGAGAGUCUCAAGAAAUCCCUAGCCCAAGCUCAGAAAGCUUCCGGCAAUACUGGUCAAAAAGGAGCACCGGCUAAGGCUGCCCCAGCCGCAGCCAAGGGCAAAGCGGCUAAAGGCGGGGCGGAUAAGGCGAAAGCCAAGUCCUCAGCAACAUCCACCCCUAAUGAUACUCCAGCUCCUACCCCUCCUCCAGCUGCACGCGCCCAAACUGCAGUACGUCACCCACCGAUACUAGGCAAAGAAGAACUUUCAGAAGAUACCUAUGGAUAUUACACCGCGAUAGGUGAAAAAUUCCCAGCUUUACCACUGGCAAUGGUUUUGAAUGCAGAGAAGAAGUUCAACGAAGCCGACGUGAACGGAGAUGGGGUCGUUGAUAAGGAUGAAAUAGACAACGUUUUGACCAAAACAGACGUGGCAAUGUUUACACCUAAACAGGUAGAGGAGAUCAUCAAGGAGAUCGACAAAGAUGACACGGGUGACCUCGACUUCUGUGAAGUCCUCGCGGUUCUAGAGAAGAUGGGAAGGCGCAGAAACUCAAAGCUACCGGCUGCAAUCAACGACAACAAAGAAAAAGUCUGUGCAAUUCAAUGAAGAUGAAAUUUCUAGGGAAACUGAAAUAUUUAGGUA